AUGUUCCGUGUAAUAACCCGUGGAGCACAUACUGCUGCUUCUCGUCAAGCACUUAUAGAGAAGAUCAUUCGAGUUGAUCAUGCUGGAGAGCUUGGAGCCGAUCGGAUUUACGCUGGACAGUUGGCUGUUUUGCAAGGUUCAUCUGUUGGUUCAGUAAUCAAAAAGAUGUGGGAUGAGGAGAAAGAACAUUUAGAUACAAUGGAAAGAUUAGCUGCUAAACACAAUGUACCUCAUACUGUUUUCUCUCCAGUUUUCAGUGUGGCUGCUUAUGCUCUCGGUGUCGGUUCAGCACUUCUAGGAAAAGAAGGUGCAAUGGCUUGUACAAUUGCAGUUGAAGAACUCAUUGGACAACAUUAUAAUGAUCAAUUGAAAGAACUCCUUGCCGACGAUCCUGAAACACACAAAGAAUUGCUGAAAAUUCUCACAAGAUUACGUGAUGAGGAGCUUCAUCAUCAUGAUACUGGAGUAGAACACGAUGGAAUGAAGGCUCCAGCCUACUCGGCUCUCAAAUGGAUUAUUCAAACUGGAUGCAAGGGAGCUAUUGCGAUUGCUGAGAAAAUUUGAACAAUUUCAAUAAUGUGUCCCUUUUCUUCCAUGGUUCUUUGCAAAAUAUCCCCAUAGACGCUGCUAUUCCCCAGAUUCUAGAUGAUCCUCAACUCUUUGUAAAAACAACUUUUUUGAAAAUAUUUUCUCGUUAGAAAUGUCCGACUGACCACUGCAGAUAAACAAUAUUCUAGUUC